AUGUCCGAGCCAUCCACCACACUGCCCAAGAAGGGCAAGAAGGCGUGCACCGAGUGUCGUCAGCAAAAGGCCAAAUGCGAUGUCUAUGUGAAUCAUCCAUGCUCCCGUUGCCGGAAGAUGAAGGCAGAAUGUGUCAUCUCUGACCCCUUCAAGCGGGAACACAAGCGCAAACGUCUCUCGGAGCUGGAAAAGGAAUCCGAGGAGCUGCGCCGGAAAUUGAGGACCUCGCAGUCGGCCGAGUCGCCUAAUCCCUCACCCAUUGCCCUGCUGACGGCGGCGGCGGAGAUGGGCGUGCGCGAGGGUCCGUCUGCCGGGGGUGGUGACCUUCACAUUCCGGUGUCCCAGGUUGCCGCCGCUCCUGCGUACCCGCUCACCACCUCCGGUCCGGCACCGGGUUGGGCAGAAGGGAGUACGACUGAUAUCACCAAGCCCCGAUCAGUGAACGGCAUUUGGGUGAGCGGAGAGGAGAUUGAUGAUCUGUUCCGGCUAUUCUUUUGUCAUUAUGCACAGUUCCUGCCCAUACUCGACCCACAGACGCGCCCGAAUACAUACUACGCCCAGUCACCGUUCCUCUUCUGGGCCGUAAUCGGGGUGUCAUGCCGGAACUACUCCCGCAAUCCCACUCUCCUGAUGGCGCUGGCGCAAAGCAUCACGGAGAUGGCCUUCCUAUCUGGCGUAUCUCCAUCGCCACCAUGGCACACGAUCCAGGGACUGUUGUUGCUGCUAACAUGGCCUUUUCCCAAGGGUAACCGUCCCGAUGUGACGUUUCCCAUGAGUGGGCUGUUGCUCCAUAUCGCCAUGCAGAAUGGACUGCAUAUCCCCAUGUCGAGCCAUGAGUUUUCCCGCGUGAAAAUUUCCUCACCCUCAGAAGCUGACAUGGUCCGGCGUGCGGAGCUGUGGGCUCAUUGCGUUGUUGUGUACCAACGCGCAUGCGUGAUCAAAGGACAGUCGCCACGAGUUUUGGUCAACCUCGCACAGGACCCUACACAGCGGCAGCUUCUAUUUGACAAGAUUGCUUCGUCGCUUGUGUUGAAGCUUCGGUGCCAGGAGCUCAUGGCGCGAUGCAGCCAGGCCGUUCAGGAGAAUGGAGUGCGCAACAUGUCCGUGGACCAGGAGCGCUCGUUGGAUAUAUUGUUGCGUACUUAUGAGAGCCAGGUGGAUGAGGUAGAACUACAGGCCAUGACUGACGACGAGCGGUAUCAUGCCGUCAUGUGCCGGAUGGUAGUCCAGGUUUUCCACUUCUUUAAAACCCAGACGCUCCUAUCCAGUGGCUGUUUUCCUCGGCUCCUGGCCACGGCAUGCCACAUGAUUGAUUUGAUUCAAAGCAUCACCAGCCGACUGCACUCAGCUUCGAUGGCGCCCGUCCAACACGGAUUCGGGCUCCUCAUCGCGUCUGUCGCAUUACUGCGGAUCCUCAAAAGCAGUACCUGCCAGGUUCCGGACACUGGACGGGCCCGAGCAUCGUAUUUCACCGCGAUCAACCUAGCCAAGCAGAUGUCCGUCGAGAGCACCGACAUGGCCUCCAAGACUGUCACGAUCCUCAACGCCCUAUGGAACAGCAGCAAAGCCUUCCGAAAAGCCGACGGCUCCGAGUAUACAGGUCUGAGGAUCCGCAGUCGGCUGGCUAUCAGCGCCGUCGUGGAUGCCGUGUGGUGGUUCCGAGACGAGUUCGAUCCCCUCUCACGGUCGGUGGUCUUGGCCCAGGCCGAACCGGGUGAUGGUACUGUUCCUCCCCGUGCGCGGAGUGGCACAGGCACUAAUGAUCCAGAGAGUACAGGCGUGGACUCAAAUCGAGACGCAUUGUCCAGUGCCAUCCAGUCCGCCGGGGCGUCGGCAGACCGACAGGAGUCGUUCUUGUUAGACGAGAACUUCCUCGCUGACUUUGAGUGGGCGCUCGGAGACGAUGCUUUGUUUUCUAUGGAUUCGGUUUCGUGGCCGUCUACCACUAAUUUGCUGUAA